CCUGGAUCUUUCUGGCGUAAAAGGAAACAAGAAAAGCAAGAAAGACAAAAUAAAAUUUUGAAAGGUAUACCCAAAAUGACAGCAUUUUUUACACCUGAUGGAAAUCAAGAAGACGACACUACAAAUAUUUCCCAACCCGGUAGUAGUUCUAGUGCUACUAGUGAUAAAUAUAUUCAUACUCAACCACAUGAACUUAUUUUGGAGACUUCAGAAUUAGUACCAGAGCCAGAGCACUUAGUAUCACCUGUUUCAAAAGUAUUAGAAUAUGAAGAAACAACCACCAGUAACUCGGAUCCAAAACAGGAUUUACUUAAUUUUAAAGAUCCGGCACUUUGGCAAGAUUCCCAUAAUUAUGCAGAAAUUAUUCUAGAAAAAUGGGUCGAACAGAAUCUUACAGAUUUGGACUUUUCAACGUCAAAAAGAAAUUUCGGGGAACAACACAGGUAUGCCGGUAAGCAAAUAUUUUAUAAAAGACUUGUUAAUGGAGAAGUGGUUCGCCGCGAUUGGGCAAUAUACUCCGAGAGCACUGGCAAUAUAUUUUGUCUUUACUGUGUAUUAUUUCGGUGAGACCGCAGAAGAGGUGGGCAGAUGAUAUCAAACAAGUCGCGGGCAAGCAGUGGAUGAGAAUUGCCAAGAGUAGAAAUCGAUGGAAGCAAAUGGAAGAGGCCUAUGUCCAGCAGUGGACGAACACAGGCUGAAGAAGAAGAAGAAGAAGUGUAUUAUUUGGAAAUAAAAAGAACCAAUUUAAAACAGGAUUUUCAUUAUGGAAUAAAAGUAAGGAAAGAUUAGACGAACAUGAAAGAUCCAAUGAUCAUAUAGAUAAUCUGAAAAUGUAUAUGACUCGCUUAUUAAAGCAAGGAAGAGUUGAUGUAGAACUCGAAAAGGAAAUUAGCACUGCGAAAGAAUAUUGGGUGAAAGUACUAGAAAGAAUCAUAAGUGUAAUAAAGUUUCUGGCUACUAGGGAAUUGGCAUUUAGAGGUACUCAUGAAAGAAUUGGAGAAAAACGGAAUGGAAACUACUUAGGUUUACUGGAACUAUUGUCAGAAUAUGAUCCAUUUUUGAAAAAUCAUAUUAAUAAACGAGCAAAUUUAGCAAUCGAGUCAUUGAUGAAAUUGUUAGACAAAUUAAGGCAAACAAAUACUAUUCUAUAAGUGUAGAUUCAACACCUGACAUAACACACCAUGACCAACUUACAGUGAUUUUGAGAUAUUGUGACAAUAAAGGGAAUCCCGUGGAAAGAUUCGUGGGAUUUUAUAAAAACACUGGGCAUAGCUCACAACAACUUGAGGAAACAGUUAUUGGGAUGUUAGAGUCUUUGAAAUUAUAUAUUAAGAACUGUAGAGGCCAGUCUUACGACAAUGCCAGUAAUAUGAGUGGAAAGUAUUCUGGUUUGCAAGCACGUAUUAAAGCUUACAAUGAUUUAGCUCUCUUUGUGCCGUGCGCUGCUCACUCUUUAAAUUUGGUUGUCCAAAAUGCAGCAGAUUGUUGUUUGGAAGCAACAUCUUUUUUUAUGUUGGUACAAGCUAUCUACAAUUUUUUCCCCGUGUCUACACAUAGGUGGGAGUUAUUGUCUCGUGCAAUAAAGGAUUCGGCUGACUCGGGGCAGACACUGUUACCUAAGAGAGUGAAUACAACCCGUUGGUUGUCUCGUUUUGAUGCCGUAAAAGCGUUAAAAAGCAAUUACGCUUUGAUUAAAACAUGUUUGAUUGGAAUAUCAACGGAUAUAAAUGAAAAAAAACAUAGUAAGAGUUGAAGCAGCUUCUCUAUCGGAAAAACUUUGUUUUUCCGGAUUUGUUGGAAAACGGAAUAAUUUUAUCAUUUUGGCUUGACGUUUUACAAAGGGUUAAUGAAGUGAAUAAAUCAGUACAAAAGGAAAAUAUGGAUUUAAGCACAACCGCUCAUCUGUUAUCAUCUUUAGCAGAUUACUUUGAUUUCUUACGUGAUCGUUUUGAUCACUACGAGGCCUUAGGAAUGUUGUUAACAGGGAACGAAAAUUAUGCUGAGAAGAGGAUUAUCAAAAAAAAAUUGCAAUUAGGAGAAAUGAAUUCGGAGGCAAGCUUAAGCCAAAAAGAAAAAAUGCGAACAUAAUGUUAUGUUUGUAUAAUAGACAAUCUUAAGUCGGAGAUUAUUCUGAUCUGAUAGUUAUAAAUCUUGUUCAAGAGCAAUUGAAUUUUUGUUUAAACUAAAAGCUACGGAAGAUGAAGAUAUUUUCAGAUCGGCAACCGAAUUACAACAAAACUACAAGGAGGAUUUGGACGAGUAUUUUCCCCAAGAAUGUGUACAUUUAAAUCAUUUGUUAACGUCUCCUCCCCAAUUAAAAAUAGACACUCCUUUAGAAUUGGUACAGGCUUUAUACGAAAAUAAAUUAAUAUCUUCAUUUCCAAACGUUAAUAUUUGCCUGCGUAUUUUUUUCUCCAUAAUGGUCGCAAAUGCAAGUGGCGAACGCUCUCUUUCGACACUAAAAAGGGUAAAGACCUACUUAAGAAAUGCAAUUUCCCAAAAAAAUUUGAACUCCUUAGCAGUCUUAUCCAUUAACGAGGACCUGCUAAAUGAAUUAAAUAUAACUGAUAUCAUCGAAAACUUCGCUUCAGUAAAAUCAAGAAAACAAGCUUUUUAAUAGUAAAGGUAUUUGCUUACCUACCUGAUGUUACCUGUUUGAAUGUUAUUAAGUAAAUUUUUAUUUUACUUUGUGAAGUUCGCCCUUAAUUUUUGCCUUGUAUAUUGUUAGUUUUCAUUUAAGUUUGAAACCAAAAAAAGUUGUAAUUGUUUUUUUUUAUUUUAAUAAACUUGUAUUCAAA